GGUGGCUAUGGCUUCGGCGGUGGUUAUGGCAGUGGCCAAGGCGUUGGCUUUGGGAUUAGCCACGGUGUUGGAGAUGGCAUGCUGUCCGGUGGUGAGAAGGCCACCAUGCAGAACCUCAACGACCGCCUGGCCUCUUACCUGGACAAGGUGCGCUCCCUCGAGCAGGCCAACUCCAAGCUGGAAAUGCAGAUCCGGGAGUGGUACGAGAAGCAGGGGCCCGGUCCCUCCCGGGACUACAGCCCCUACUACAAGACCAUCGAAGAGCUGCGCAGCAAGAUCCUCGCUGCCACUCUGGAUAAUGCCAGGACUCUGCUGCAGAUCGACAACGCCAAGCUGGCAGCUGAUGACUUCAGGAACAAGUACGAGACUGAGCUGGGCCUGCGAAUGAGCGUGGAGGCCGACAUCAAUGGGCUGCGCAGGGUGCUGGAUGACCUGACCCUGGCCAGAUCAGACAUGGAGAUCAAUAUUGAGAGUCUGAAGGAGGAGCUGGCCUACCUCAAGAAGAACCACGAGGAGGAGAUGAACGCCCUGCGCGGCCAAGUCGGCGGGCAGGUCAACGUUGAGAUGGACGCGGCUCCAGCCACAGACCUCAGCAAGAUCCUGUCUGAUAUGAGAUCUCAGUACGAACUAAUGGCAGACAAGAACCGCAAAGAUGCUGAGGCCUGGUUCUUCAGCAAGACAGAAGAACUGAACCGCGAAGUCGCCACCCAUAGCCAAGAGAUCCAGUCAAGCAAGAGCGAGAUCACAGACUUGCGGCGGACCCUGCAAGGUUUAGAGAUAGAGCUGCAGACCCAGUUGAGCAUGAAAUCUGCUCUUGAAGGGACUCUGGCAGAGACCGAGGGCCGUUACUGCAUGCAGCUGAACCAGAUUCAGGGAAUGAUCUCGAAUGUGGAGGCUCAACUGGGCGAGCUGCGCAGCGACAUGGAGCGGCAGGGCCAUGAGUACAGGAUCCUCUUGGACGUGAAGACCCGCCUGGAGAUGGAGAUCGCCACCUACCGCCGCCUGCUGGAGGGCGAAGACGCACAGCUCUCGUCCAGACCUUCCAAAGAUGCACAAAAAACAUCUAAAAAGGUCCUUACCAUUGUGCAGGAGGCUGUGGAUGGACAUGUCGUGUCUUCCACCGAGAAGGUCUACCAUACCAGCUAUUGA